GGCGUUGGGGCGGGUCCGAUGUCUGUGCCGCAGCCGAUGCUGCCUUAUCAGUUUCCGCCGGGUCAUCCUCCGAGGCCCUACCCGCCGCCGAUGCCAAAUGGGUACCCAGCGGUUCCUCAGGGUACUAUACCUCCUCCCGCAUCUUGAUUGAAUACGGUGGGAAAGGUUGGAGGGCUUCAUUUUGCUUAGAGACCUCACUCUACAACUCCUUUUUUGAGGCUACUUUCUGGUAGUUAUGAGAACACUUUCCCUUUCAUGGGUUUGUGAUUUGCCAGAAGCUGACCAUGUUUGCCACUGAAUGCUCGUUGACUUGUGUUCUAAGGUAUUGAAAUUCUUUCAGUUUCAGCUCCCUCGUUUUCUAUUCAUGCUGCACCUUGCGCUUCUACACUUCUGUUAGAUGAAUAUGACGAAAUUUACAUGUAGUUUUGUGCUAUCAAAUUUCCUUUGUGCAUGAGAUGGUUGAAGUCUCAUGAUAAUUAAAUGUCAAUUCUCUGCACUUGGUGGAUGGGAUGGUGUGAGAAGGCUAGUAUGUUGUAAAUGAAUUCAUAAGGUAAGCCCGCUUUAUGUAUCCAUGGUUUAUGAACUGGAUCCUUCUUUUUAACAUUUCCUUCAGGUUAUCUGUUCAGCCGGUGAUAGUUUCCAUGCCUGUGCUGCCAUCUCUUAAAUGCUUUUGAUGUGUGGACUUUCUCGUUAUCCAUCUCCAUACACACCUAUGGUUCGUCCUCCAUUUCCUCCACGCACUCCAGGAGUGAUUAAUGGCCUUCCAGCAGUGUCACGCCCCGCAAUUCCAGGGGUUCCUAGAGUUCCUCGCCCCAUUAUACCCCCUGUUGUUAUGCCAAUUAUUUCUAUGGUUACACCAGCUGAGAAACCACAAACAACAGUUUACGUUGGUAAGAUUGCAUCAACAGUGGAAAAUGAUUUUAUUCUGUCUCUCCUUCAGCUUUGUGGACCCAUCAAAAGUUGGAAACGUGCUCAAGAUCCCACAGACGGGACUCCUAAAGGAUUUGGGUUCUGUGAAUUUGAGUCUGCUGAGGGGGUUCUUCGUGCAUUGCGUCAACUUAGUAAAUUUAAUAUUGAUGGGCAAGAAUUGGUGUUAAAUGUUAAUCAAGCAACAAAAGAAUAUCUGGAACGGUAUGUUGAUAAACAAACUGAAAUCUCAAAGAAACGUAAAGAUGCCCAAGCUGCAGAGCCUGAGGAAGGGGAAGAAACUGCAGUAAAUGUCGGGGAGAAUGAACAUCUGAAGUUCUCUGUAGAGGACUCAAAUAAAGAGGAAAGUGGUUUGGGGAACAAGGAAAAUAAUGAUUUAGCUAGUUUUGGAAUUGUAACUAAUGAGGACAAGGAAGCUGACCUAGUGGCUUUGGACAAGCUUACAAGCAUGAUAGAGGAGAGACUAAAGACCAGACCUCUGCCUCCACCCCCUCCCCAUCCACAAGCAACUGGUGACGGCCCUGGAAAUUCAAAAUCAGACGUGCCUGCUAAAUCAAGGGAUGGAGACUCUGAAAUGAGAAACGAUGCAGCUGAAGAUAAAAAUGAUGAUGAGAUAACUAGUGAAACCAAAAUGGCUAGUGAGCAUGAUAGGCCUGAAACAAGUUCACCUGAUAGGAGUAGAAGGUAUGAUAGGAGAAGCAGAGAUAGAGACCGAGAGCGGGAUUUGAAAAGGGAGAAGGACCAGGAGAUUGAAAGAUAUGAAAGAGGAACAGAGCGAGAGCGAGUUAGGAAAGAAAGGGAGCAAAGAAGAAAAAUUGAGGAGGCUGAGCGUCAGUAUGAAGAGUGUCUUAAAGACUGGGAGUAUAGAGAAAGAGAGAUAGAGAAACAGCGGCAGUAUGAGAGGGAAAGGGAAAAAGAGAGGGAACGUAAACGGAAGAAGGAGAUAAAAACUGAUGAAGAUGAUGAGGAUGGUGAUUCAAGAAGAAGGUGGCACUGGAAUAUGUUAGAGGACAAGAGAAAGAGGAGGCUAUGGGAGAAGGAAGAUGACUUGGCCAAUAGGUAUAAAGAAGAGGAAGAAAUUGCUGAGGCAAAGAGGAGAGCUGAGGAACAGCAUGAGAAGCAACAGAAGGAUGCAUUAAAGGUCUUUUCCAAUAAUGUAACAAAUAAAAUUGCAAAAACUGUGUUGGCUGAAGCAUCCAGUACUGAAAUAAAAGAUAAUAUUCUUGGAGAGGGUUAUGAAGGUGCUUCUGCUUGCGAGAGCCAUAUAGGUGAAUCGAAUGUACAGAAUGGUACUGGUGAAGAAUCAACCAUAUCGUCAAUUGGUGCAUCAGAUACACAGCAUGCUGGUAAUGCCCCUGCAAAGAAGUUGGGGUUUGGUUUAGUUGGCUCUGGAAGACGAACUGCUGUCCCUUCUGUUUUCCAUGAGGAGGAUGAUGAUGCACAUAAGGAAAAAAAGAUGAGGCCCCUUGUCCCGAUUGAUUACUCAACUGAGGAACUGGAGGCUGUCCAAUCUAUCGUACCUGGGGCACUGUCGCCAAAUUUGGCUGCAGCAGCAGAAUUUGCAAAGCGCAUAUCAAAUGUUAAUCCCAAAGACGAUAAGCCUGAUGUAGAAAGGGAAAUAAGUAGACGUUUUAAUCACAAGUUGAGCCAGCCGGGUAGGGACCAGGGUGAUGAGAAUGUGAAUCACACCAGAGUUGACAAGGAGAAGAUUCUUGACCAGGAGCAAGGGCUGGAUAAAAUGAAUACGCCAGAUAACAAGAAGCUUACGAGUUUAAAGCAGUUGAUAGAUAUGAUACCAAGGACCAAGGAAGAGUUAUUCUCACAUGAGGUUAACUGGGCCGUGUAUGACAAGCAUGGGCUGCAUGAAAGAAUGAGACCAUGGAUUUCGAAGAAGAUUGCAGAAUUUUUAGGAGAGGAAGAAACCACACUGGUAGAUUACAUUGUAUCCAGUACUCAAGAACAUGUGAAAGCAUCUCAAAUGCUAGAACUGCUACAAUCUAUUUUAGAUGAUGAAGCCGAAAUGUUUGUUCUCAAAAUGUGGAGGAUGCUCAUAUAUGAAAUUAAGAGGGUAGAGGCAGGCCUUACUUCAAAGUGAAAACUAUUAUGAGAUUUGUGUUAUUUGAUUGUUGCUUUGUUGCUUGCAGGUUCAGCAUCAGUAAGUGAUUCUCGAAUUUGUUUUGUUGCUUCUAGCAGAAAUCAAUGAAAAAUGGACAUUGGUUAUCAAGAGGAAAAGCCAAUUUGAGAUGGAUUGCUAUAUCAUAUUGAAAAGGAUGCUUUAAAGGGUGUGUUUUCUGUUUGUUUCUCCCUCAACCAAUUCGAUAAUGAGAAUAGGGUUCAUCCAUAAACUCAUCUGGACACUUUUGA